CUCGUGGGCAGCAGCGCUGCCCUCCGCCUCCUGAGCGGGGCCCUCAGCGUGGACCCGCAGCGAGCCCUGUGCCUGGGCCUGUCGGAGGGCACGCUGGUGUCGCCCGAUGAAACCGCGUCCUUACAAGAAGCGCGAGCCUGGCUGAGGGCGCACACGGACGCGCCAGCCAGCGUGAUUCGGGCCAUGAAAAAGGUGGUUACAGCAGGAAAAGAGCUACCGCUAGAAACUGCCUUAAGGACAGAGAGGGACAUUUUCGGUACGGUGUGGGGUGGGCCUGCCAAUUUGCAGGCGUUGCUUCGAAGAACAAAACACAGAUGAUGAUCAGUGUGUAAGAAACGUUCUUGAUCCCAAAGCUCUCACUGAAGCACACAUUAAAUUGAUUCAUUUAAGAACUUCUUCAUUUAAACUGGUGUUAACAUUCCUGUGUUUCACAUUAGGCAGAUGUGUUUGCUGUGCAACCACGAGGAA